UCGAGAUCACAUGACAAGAGACUGUUGAGAGGCACCUUCACAGCAACAGACAGCGCAGGGAAGAGUAGACUGCCGGUGAAGACAUGGGAACACCAAGGACCAAGACUGGGGCUUCAGCAAUGGGAAAGCUGUGCAAAAUAAUCAUCUUCUGCCUCUACGUACCAGCUUGUUGUGGUGUCCAGGAUCCUGCACCUACCCAAAGAAACGCAACUCCAUCAUGUGCGUGGUGUCCGAAGAAAACAACCACGCACCGCACAACAACACACUCCACACUACAUACAACACACAGUAGUACUAUGCACACUACUACAACUCAUACCACUGCCCAUACUAACCACACGACUACACCCCAUCCCACUACACACACAUCUACACCACACACCACUACACACAGUAACCACACAACUACACCCCAUCCCACUACACACAGUAACCACACAUCUGCACAUACAAACCACACAUCUACACCACACCUUACCACGGCUACAAGUCCCACCACGGUGCCUCCUUCUACAGAAUACAUAGUUAAUGGCACCACCGGUGUAUGCUUGAGGAUAACAGCAUCCUUCAAAAUAUCGUUCAAUGAUACUACAAAGAGAGAGAUUGUGAUCCCACCAGCCCCGAGCACUCAAGCAUCUGGAAACUGCUCUGCAGAGAAAGCUUGGCUGACCCUGACUUUUCCACAAGGAGAAGUCACCAUGACCUUCAGACAGGACACGGAAGGGAACAAAUUCUUCCUGGGCGAAGUGAAUAUAACCCUGAAGAAUACAGGACCUGAGAAAUCUGAUAACACGAGUCUUAAGGCCAUGGUCACUCCUCUUGGACGUUCCUUCUCUUGUGAAAAGGUGGACAUUCAAGUGACCUCAAAAGUCUUCUUCUCAGUCAUGAAUGUCAGGGCUCAGGCCUUCAAACUAGAAGGAGGAACCUACGGACGAGAAAUGAAAUGUUCUAAUGGACCGCCCAGUAUGACAGUCCCGAUCGUUGUUGGGGUCAUCCUGGUGGCACUGGUUUUGAUUGUUGUUAUCGCUUACAUUGUCGCCCGUCAGCGGAGUCAAAGAGGUUACCAACCACUAUGAGGGCCACCCAAGAAGGAAGCGCCAUGUCCCCGCACCAAAGACGAUUAAACAUAUCUUCUGUGAUUCGA